CUGAUAUUGACCUGCCAAAUCCACCAACAUCAUCAUCUGCCCGCCUACACACACACACACACACACACACACUGAGAGUGCUGGGCUGCACUCGUCUGACUGUGUGUUUGAGAUCCGGACGGAAAGACAGAUUGUGUUUCUCCUGACAGUGUGAGCGUGUGUGAUGUAAUUGUUUAACUUCAGAAGGUCAGAACGGGGCGAAUCCUCCGUUAAUCAUCAUCCGACAUCCGUCACGACACAGAGACGCUCCAGAAACAAAAAACUCUUGUGUUUUCAGGUAUCGUGAUGUGGCCGCGUGUUCUGCUUGCGUGUUUACUGCUGGUGUUGUGUCGCGCAGCUCCUCAUUCUCAUAUCAACCGUCUCGCGCUCUUCCCGGAUAAAAGCGCCUGGUGUGAAGCCAAAAACAUCACGCAGAUCGUCGGCCACACGGGCUGCACGCCGCGAUCCAUCCAGAACAGGGCUUGUCUGGGUCAGUGUUUCAGCUACAGUGUGCCGAACACAUUCCCACAGUCCACCGAGUCUCUGAUCCACUGUGACUCCUGCAUGCCUGCGCAGACACAGUGGGAAGUGGUGACUCUGGACUGUGCGGGCAGUGAUGAGGCUCCACGUGUUGAUAAGUUAGUGGAACGCAUCCUCCACUGCAGCUGCCAGUCGUGCAGUAAAGAGGGUGGUCAGGAGGGGGCGCUGCUGCAGCUGUACCCUUCAGAGGGAGCACUGGAGACGCCAGCACUCUCAGACACACACUCACAGCAGGCACACACACACGCUGAUGUGCAUUUAGACAUACACACACCUGAAGCAGGGUGAUGAACACACACUUUACUCUUCACAACCUACUGAACUAUUCUGACUGUCUCUCUCUAUUUGUUGAAUUAAAGCACUUUUUUUCCUGUACAUCAUGAAGACACUAAUCAAGACUAUAUCACACUUAACGAUCAUUAAAUUGGUUGAAAUCUCACAUGAGCUUAACGAAAAAAUUCACUCAGACACACACAGGGUGAAUUCAAAAUGGCAUUUUUGCACCCUUGAAGGGCUGUUCCAAACGAAAGUGAGCAACUGAAUCCCGUCCACAACAAGAGCUGUAAUUUUGCUGUUUAUAAUCACGUGAUUCUGCUUGGCACGUCCUCGCAAUUCAUUUUGAAACCUGAGGUCAUUUAAGAUCUUACCGGGGAUUUUAAAAAUCUUACUUGAUCUCAGUAAAAAAUAAUCCUUAUUUCUUUGCAUAAUUUCAGUUUAUUUGUUUAUUUUUGCCAAAUGUUGCAUGAAGAGACGCAAGUUGAAAUACGCGUGCACAAGUACUCACAUGACUAUGGAUGCUACAUUAUAAAGUUAAAAUUCCACGUUUGAAAACAGUAGUAGUGAUGUAAGUAUGGUGCCUUGAUCCUGCCACAAAAUAAAAAAAAAUUAAAAGCUAAUUCUGAUUGGGGUCUGGGUAUCUCAGCGAGUAUUGAUGCUGAGAGUCGUGAGUUCGAAUCCAGGGCGUGCUGAGUGACUCCAGCCAGGUCUCCUAAGCAACCAAAUUGGCCCGGUUGCUAGGGAGGGUAGAGUCACAUGGGGUAACCUCCUCGUGGUCAUGAUGGUUCUCGCUCUCAAUGAGGCGUGUGGUGAGUUGUGCAUGGAUCAUGGAGAGUAGCAUGAGCCUCCACAUGCUGUGAGUCUCUGCGGUGUCAUGCACAACGAGUCACGUGAUAAGAUGCACGGAUUGAUGGUCUCAGAAGCGGAGGCAACUGAGACUUGUCCUCCACCACCCGGAUUGAGGUGAGUAACCGCACCACCACGAGGACCUACUAAGUAGUGGGAAUUGGGCAUUCCAAAUUGGGAGAAAAGGGGAUAAAAUAAAAGAAAAAAAAGCCACGUGAUUUAUUUCUCCUAAUCACACAAUUGCGAGAUUUUAUAGAUUUUAUAUCUCGCAAUUGCAAAUGUAUUUCUCACAAUUGCGAGAAAUAAAAUGACAGCUGUGAGAUAUUAAGUCAGAACCUCUUUUACUUUUUAAUUCUGUGGGAGGAUCUGGCUUCCAUACAUAUGUCUUUAUGUAGCGUGUACCAAACAUGCAUGAUACAGUAAUGCCCUGCACCCUUCAGAGUGAGUACGUCAUACUGAUGUUCACUUUACAAUGGAAAUCGCCCAUAUACACUCACACGCACCCUCGACUUUAAACACACACACACAUGUCCAGAUCUGUAUAUGUCCUGUGCAUGAACACAUUCUGAUUGUAUGUUACUUAUGUAUUAUUGUUUAAUCAAAAUAAAAGUUUCAAUCAUC